GGUUCUUGGAAAAUGCCCGGAUGACUCCAUAUCCAUGUUUUUAGCGAAGUAGUGAAAUGGAGAAUGUUUCUAGGUCCUGAUAUUUAUUGACGAUUGCAUUUUUCCGCAGGGAAAAGUGUACUUUGUUCCUAUAAUAUGGUUGGUAAAGACCUGGAUGAGUUAUGUUUAGAAUUUGGGACAUUGCGUCCUCACCAAAGAAUCGACAUGUUAUGUGGAAUGCUUCAAAUGUGUUUAGGCACCGAACUUCGAUUUAUCGGCUCUGUGGUGGUCGAUUUAAGUAAAAAAGAUUAUAUAUAUCUCAGAGAACAGGAAAAUAAAGCGAAUAAACCAGAAAUUAUAGAAUCUAUGAAGCAGAAUCCGGCAGAUAUCAGGAAUCUACAGCAUGCCAUGGCGAUGAAUCUGGCCUUGCUUCAUACUGACAACACGCACUGUGCCAAUAUUGUUUUCGAUAUAUUGGAAAAUAAUAUGAAACAAGCUUUCUCGAUAACCCCGUCAACAGAAAAAGACAGUGUGGAUAUAAUCCUGCUUGUGUUGACAAUGGGAAUGAGACACCCAGCAUUUUCAUUUCACCAAAGAAGCAAGCUGUAUAAUUAUUACAUGUGUGUAAAACAGCAAUUGGAGAGUGUGUUAUGCAAGGUUGAUAAUGAAACGCGUCAAGAGAUUCCAUCAGAAUCAAGGUGCAAGCAGCAAGCAGAUCAUAUAUGUAACCUAGAUGUGGUAAAGGCAGACAAGAGUCACCGACACGAAAGGAAACGCGAGUACAAAAUACAGGUCACAUGGCAAGAUAAUAAAAAAACAGAAGUGCUUAGAACCUAUCAGGAUUUUAAAGAGUUUCAUUCAAAGUUGGUGAAGCAGUUUCCAGAAGAAACAUAUUUACCAAAACAGGACAAGAAGCUGCCAUUUUUCUCAGGAUCCCUAGGUACCAGUGUACACAAGGAAGAUGAGCAGACCAUAGCACAUUACACCAAACAACUUCUUCAUAUGCCAAAGACAAUUCUUGAUAGUGAACUUGUAGUGAAUUUCUUCAAAGAAGAAAACGUGGUUAAUUCACUAACUGCAAAAUCAACUGCCUCAGUGAAUAACACCCCCGUCUCAAAAGUAGCUGAUAUUGUGAUACCAUACCAACCUGUCCAGACACUGAACAGUCACAACCCUACCCCCCCUGAUGAAUCACAGCAGAUAGAGACUUUGACCUAUCCGGGUAGUUACUUUGUUCCCCAAAGGCUUCCUGCAGGGUCUCCUAUCCAUUCCCCCCAGCUCAUCAAUCGACUGUCUCCAUGUGACAGUCGCUCAAACUCUCCUGAAGAACAAGAAGUCACCAAUCUGAUGAAAAAAAUCAACAAUCAGAACUGUUUGGAAAAGGGUCCGCCUAUAAAGACUUUGCCUUCAGAGGAAAAUGGUUCACUGGCAUUAACACCAGAACAGGCAGCUAAAAUCCGUGCAAAUCUUGCAUCAAGCAGAGUUAACAAUGGUUUGAUAGAUCACUUGGUGGUGGUGACCUCUGGUCAGCAGAUACCACAGGCCAUGAAUCCAACCAUGUUUCAACCACCAUUCCAACCAGUGCCAGCUGUUCAUAUGUUGGGACCCCAGCAGUAUAUCCUACCCGCCAGCCAGACGUCAACAAGAGACAGCUCGCCUACUGGCUCAAAUUACUCUAGUCCUCUGCCAAGUCCUCUACUUAGAAAGAAAACAGUCACUGCUAAGGAAACAGACAGCUCUUCAGAGGAAAAUGAUAAGGAGAGGAUUCAUAAAAUUGGUUCACCACAUGUCCGUAAAAUUCACAAGACAGCUUCAGGAGAUGGAUAUUAUCAGGAAGGGUAUGAGGUAGGAGGCCUGGCCACGCUGACUGGAGGGGGGUAUCAGUCUGAUCCCUCCCCUACUCCCUCAGGAUACUACCCUUUGAUGAACAUGACACCACGCCCCUUAAAGGCCCAGCCAGCACAUACGAGCAAAACGAUCCCACCUACCAAUAUCAUUAGCAUGCCUAUAGACACUCAUGGCUAUGGUAAAAGAGGUCAAGUUAUUCCACAUGGACUGGCACCACCCAUUCCAAGAACAGAAACCUCUACAGUAACGUCUUCUUCAAAUGUUACCUCAGUGGCCACCCAUCAGGACAACAUGGUAAAACCACGCAUCAAUGUGAUUCAAUUUCCUGUACGUCCCAUGAGUGGACCCCGAACAUUUGUGUGCUCAGUAACUAAUUCCACCUCCGUGAUCAUGUCAACUAGUAACAACAUCACUUCUCCACUGACUGUCAAUGGCUUAAAGCCUAAGAUGACACACUCUCAUUCAGAGUCUUCUAUCUCCAAUCCACAGACCCAGGAGCAGCCCUUCUCACUGACCCAGCCCCAGACCGCCCCAACAUCCACUCCAAAUAUGCAGCUUCCACCUUCUUCAGCACAUACAACAUGUACAAGUUGUGGAUGCCCUGGCCACUCAGGAACUCCUGCAUCAUAUCCAUAUGCCCAUUUUAUACCUAGUCAAAUGUUCCAUGGCCAGCACUUCUGGCCAAUGCCAACUGUUCCCAUGACACCUUCAUCAAAUGGACUUAUCUCUCCUCAUAUCAUUCCAUAUCACCACCACUUUCAGCACUUUCCAAAUUUGAAUGGUUUAACUCAUCCUGAGUACCUGUUGAACAAUCACCAUCAAAAUUUUGUUCACAACCCUGGUCCUCCUCUGUCUGGCCCUGCUGGUAAUGUUCCUGGACCAAUCAUCAACCAGGGCCUGCAGCGAAGCAACAGUAUUAAGGAACACAAGGAAAAACCCAGGGUGGUUUCUUGCUUCAACUGUGGAUCUCACGAUCAUGCUGGCAAUGAAUGCAGUGAAAAUUCUAUGGAAUCGAUUCUAGGUCAUUAUCACUUAAACUAUGAGCCAAAGGAGUAGGUGGCAUUUAUAGCAACAGGGAUUGAUCCACCUCUGCCACUGAGACUUCUGUAGUACAUCUCUCUAGGAAGUAGUGCAUUGUGACACAUGGUGGUGUUCUUCAUCAGUGAAAUACACGAAGAUUUCCCCUCAUUUCUGGUGGACGAGUGGUGACCUUGUAGAAACAUCACCUCUGUUGCUUUUUGGAAACAAUGUUAUACUGUUGCGAGCAUUUUUCUGAAUACAGAGAGCGAAUUUCACAUUUGUAUAUAACUGUCUCAUCAGAAGGUCAGUCAGGAGUAGCUUCAACAAGUGUUGAGGGAUAUCUAAAUGUUACACACGUAAAAUAUACAAUGACACAUAGGUAGAGGCUAAAAUGUCUAACCUUUCAAAGUAUCAAACUGAUUGUGUUUUUAAGGACCUUGUCAUCAUGGUCAUUAAAUAAGUGAUUUUUGUACCUUUAAUGAACAUUAGGAUGUAUAUAUUUGUGAAAUAAUGAUUUAUUUUCUGUUUUUAGCAGACAAAAUCUGUUCUCUGUAGGGGUUGUAGAGUUUGUAUGAUUUUGCCUGUAUGAUUGAUGUGAUGUAUGGUAUAUAUUAUGACACAAGGUGUGAUAAAAUUUAGCUUCGUUGACAACACCCAUGCAGCUAUAUUGUAAAUUUCUCUUCCUGAUCUCAUUGCAUUGAUUCGUAUGAUAGUCCAGGCGGAGACGGAGUGGCUGUUUGGCUGCAGUCAGUUAUCAAGUGCUGACUCAUUCUCACUAGAAUAAAUACAUGAUGUGGUUAUUUUUGAUAUUCAAUGAUACACCUUAAUAAGUUGAAAAUGGUUUUAUGAGAAAUUGAUACUGCAACUUAUACAAGGUUUACUAAAAUCACAUUCUGUAAAUAAUUUUAUGUGGAUUCAUAUAAAUCAUAGUAUUAAACAGGAUUUUUAUUGUAAAAUUGUAUAAACAUUUUGCAACUUUCUACCUGAAUGUAGCAUGUUUGUACCUUACAUGUUUUGAUAGUCAUACAUACCGUUUUGUUCUUCAGAGUGUGUUUACAGAUUAUUUUUUACGUUGGAUUGUAGUUGCGCCUUUGUUUCAUGUAUGGAUGAGUGCUAGAAAUAUUUAAUGGUUAUAUGUGUAUGUGAGUGAAUUUAUCUUGAUUUUUACAUAUGCUCAACUCUCUUUCAAUAUGUGUAUUAAAUUGAUCCGAUGACUUUUCCCCAAACAUUUUCUAUAUUAUGUAGUCAUGGGAUGGUAAUGUUUUAGGCAUGAAAUUUCAUAAUGAUCAUAGUUAAAAACUGGUGCAAAGGUUUCAUAGUUCACCUGUACUUCAAAGGACAGUUUUUAUAAGAAAAUACACUAUCUUUAAAAGAAGAAUUAUUCAUAAAUCUUUACACUUUUAUACCUACAACAUACUAGGCAGUUUAUCCAUCAUGUUUUUUAAUGCCAUCUUAAGAUUUCACUAAUUUCUGUUAUUUUACAAGUUUUCAUUUUAAUAUAGAUAUUGCUAAAGUCAAAUUGUCUUUGAUAGUAUGUAGUUUGUUGAAUGUAACUGUGAUUAAAAGUAUUUGAUAAUUCCUUAAAGGCAUAAAACUUAAAAAAAUCAGAUCAUGUGUGUGGAACUAUUGCCUGUAAAAGUCUGUGUGUUUAUUAUUUAGUAAUUGUUACCAUGUGUUUCACUUGUGAUAUGUUGCCAUGAAUUAUAUAUAUGUUAUUUAUGGUGCUGUUCGGGAUUUCUCACGGUUUGUUACAAAUACUGUGCCUAGUUGUGAAGAAAGAAGAAAAAUCACAGCGGUGACAAAAUUGCCACUUGAGUUUACUGUACAUAUAUUGUAUCAAAAUUUUGCAAGAUAUCUAAACGUUUUAAAUUUGGCUGCAAGUCAGGUGGCAUUUUACGUCAUCCAUAUUUAUUGUUUCAUUUUUUACUUUGAUCUUGUGAUCUCAUUUUACAGGCCAUCUUGUUUCAUUACUAGACUUGUAGAGUAGAAAAAUUAAUGUUUUUCAGUCAUUGUACAUCUUGAAUAAGGUAGGAAAAAUGUUAAAAUAAAGUUAGCAAGAUGCAUCAUAAUUGAAGCCAACUUCAAAGUGAUAAUUGUUUGAAGAAACUUUAACUAUGCGUAUUGCUGUUAUAGUGCUAUUUGUAUAUUUUUUGAAGAAAUGAUGAAUACCUAAUUAGAAACGAGAUUGUACAUGUUGGUGUAACAUAAUUCAUUGUUUGUCAGCACCUCGCAUUUUACAGCAUAGUUUUACCCUUGUUUUAGGCCCAACAGCGAAAUGUUUUACACCUGAAUUAGAGGUUGAACCACCAAUGAAACUGGGUUGUGUUAUUUAAUCAUACAUUUAAUAACAUGAAUGAAAUCAAGGUACAAAUAUAGUGGCUAUCAGAUUUUACAGUUUGUGUUUCACAGUAUCAACAUCCUUCUAGUUGGAAAAUAUUAUCAAACUGAAAUUUUAGUAAGAAAAAGUACAUGGAAUGAAUAUGUGUAGAUGUGUCAUUUUUUCAUAUUGUUUUUGGGGUGCAUGUUCAGACACAGCCAAAAUGUUUUUUUUUUUGUGUCAUUAAAAUUGAAAUGAAGACAGUAUGAAAAAGAUUUAUGUAAUUAGGCCAUUUGGAUAGUUUAAUAUUAAUCAGCUUUUAGUCUGAACACUGAAAUUCUUUUUUUUUUUUUUAAUAAAGACAUUUUUAUUUUUUUACAUGUACAUAUAUUUUUGGAAUGAGAGAUGUGUCCUGUUCAUUUGAAAGAAAAAAUUGAGUGGGUAUUUUGUCAAGUUUCAAGUCAAAGUCCCAUUCAUUUUAUAGUAAACUGACAAAUCAUUUAAUGUUCAUAGGAUACUUGGGGGAUAUUUGGUUCUUGGUUAUUAAUAUGUACGCAACUGAAGACAGGAGAAUUGGAGAAGACUUGAUAUAGAUUAUAUGCAAUGUAAACAAGUGGGUACUUUUAAGAGACACAAGACUAGAGUAAAAAAAAAGAGAAGCAGCAAUACAUUGAUGCCCUUUAAAUUUCUUGAUUCAUCUGUUUUAUACGUCAUUGUUACAUGCAGACUUUCUUUUAUGCAUUCAUGUUAUGAAAUACUGAUAAUAAAAAUUAAAAAAAAAACUAAACAAACAUGUUAAUAAAAAAUCAAAGAAAUAUU